UAUUCAGGAGGACCACAGCAUAAUGUCAUUCACCCUUGACAAUACCGGCCAGUAUGCCUUGUUAAACGUGGCCAACCAAGGUGUCCAUUUAUGGGACUUACGAAAUAGAACUUUGGUGCGCAAAUUCAGAGGACUCACCCAGGGCCACUAUACCAUCCAUUCUUGCUUCGGUGGGGAUAACCAAGACUUUGUUGCUUCUGGGAGUGAAGAUAACAAGGUUUAUAUCUGGCACCAUCGGCGAGAGCUGCCUGUAGUCACCCUUGUCGGCCACACCCGAACUGUCAACUGCGUCACCUGGAACCCUAGAUAUCCUGCAAUGAUUGCAUCAGUGUCAGAUGAUGCCACUGUGAGGAUAUGGGGACCUGCGCCGCAGUACAGGGGAUCUGCAGCAGCACAGAAUGGCACAAAAGCCACUGCUAAUGGGAGUGAGUCUGAAUCUCCAACUUCCCACAUGUUCCUCAGCAACGGCGCAGCUGUUUAGUGAAGUGAUCUCUUGUGCCACAGACCUAAUAUCUCGUCGCUUGUGGUGUGUUCUUGGUUGCUGGUGCCACUAAGUUUGUGUAGCACCAAUGGUUGUUAGUGCCACAAAGUUAGUACCAGGGCAUUGGUGUCAUGCCACUAUUGCCACAAACACAACUUUACUUAUUAUUUUGUGACACAGAGACUUCCUACAUGAUAUGGCUGAGUGAUGGACAGCUUGUUGGAUCUUGUCAUCCUGUGAAUCAUUCCUCUAUGAGUGUAAUGCUUAAACCCACUCCCCAACUGUGGUAUCAGUGUCUGGCUUAGAUUCUUUUGGAACUUAACUUUCGAAGUUGUGCCUCAAAAACAUAAAUAUUUUGGUAAAGAUAUGGAUUUUUCCAAGUGGAUUUACUGCUCUCAAGUCAGUUUUGAUUUCAGAUACAAUUUCCUCCCCCCAAGAGAAGCUGACUGAUAACAGAAAAACUUUUUAAUGUUUGGAAGGUCAAGCUUUAUUCUAUAAGAAAUAUUAUUUUGAACACAUUUGGUGACAGCAGCUGGAUCUGUAUCAGUUAUCCCUGAAAAACUGUUCACUGUUAACAUAUGUUUUUUAGCUUUGAAAAUAACAAGACCAAAGACAAGAAUCAUGAUAAGCAUGCCUUGCUAUUUUCUCCUGGAAAAGGUGGUGGUCACUCUAGAGUAUGAAUCACAGUAGGAUCCAUAAGAUGCCAGAAUGCUCACCUUGAGUUCUUACAUGCUUGGCUGACUCAAUCAUCGAUUCAUCAAAAUCAACUCCAUCAUCCAUUAUUUGUGUACCAGCUCUACAAGACACCAUUGUAAAUACAACAUCCUUCCUCUUUUGGAGUAACCUUGUUCGUCCACAGGGUUGAAUUUUGUGUGAUGAAACCUAUCAGGUGUAGUGAGAUGCUUGGUAGAAAGAAUGGUUUUUCUCCUUGUGUCGUGAAGGAAUUUGUGUCCAAACCUUCACUGAUGAAUCUGAAAUGUGGAGUUAAUGUAGUCUUUUCCUUAUUUGCUACAAUCUGUUUUUUGUUUUAAAUAUCUUGUUUUCUUCAACUUUUUAUUUUCAUGUCCAAGAUUUUGAUGUUAAGAGCAAGAGGGAUAAAUCGCUGUUCUGAUGUUGCCAAUACUACUGGUGUUAUACAAAGUCAUCUGGCUAUUCAUCUCAUUUGUGACAUGAUAUAUUCUCUCAAGAAUGAUAGAGUAUAAUGUUUAAAAAGCGUGAACAUUGUCACUUUAAUGGAAUGUAGAAUAUGAUGCUCAUUGAGGAUUAAAACAUUUUUCUUAUAUGUGUCCAUGUUGCUGAUAACACUGCAUGACAAGAUUAUUUAUUUUUUAUUGUCUUAUUUUUAUUAUUAUUUAUUGUUUGUUGUCAUGUAAUUCUUCAACCAUUUUGUAAAUAUAUUGUUUAAUCUUUGAGAAAGGUAGUGGUUUUUGAUACAGUCCCAUAUUUCAUUACUAAUUUGCAAUUCAUAGGACAAAAAGCAAAUAACAUUUAAAAAAAAACAGACUCAUUGGAAUAUCUAGCUUGCCCCACCCUAGUCUCUCUCUGAUCUUGUUAUAUUCUUAUGUGAUCCGCGCAUACAUAAUCGGAUCAAGCCUAACCUAAAUCUCACUUAGGUAAUCUUUAUCUAAUUUACUUCAUCUUGGUAGAACGUCACCCAGUUUUAAUGUAUACUUUUGUUUUUAUUAUACCUUGCCUCAACUAGGUGGAAUGAAGUUACACAAAGAUAUUUCAAAUAUAGUCCUUGAAUAAAAACCUGACCAAUUCAAACUUGAAAUCCUCUUCUCAGUCCCACCCAUCAGACCUUAACUUAACUAGAACUAUUUCCAUGUGUCCUCUGGAUAGCAAACUAGCAUUGGAACAUGGCUUUGAACCAUGAACUACUCUGUUUAGCUCAUUGGCACUGGGUACUUACACUGUCCACUGCAGUCUUGUUUUGUCAGUUUUGUUUACACACGGAUGGCUUCAACAAGUGCUUAGUUACCACGGUCAGCUGUUAGGACUAGACCUCAGCUCUGUCCCUCAUUACUUGAAUUUUUCUAAAAAAAAAAAAGCUUUAAUUCUAAUACUAUUGUUAUAAACACUUUAAUGAUAGUAAUAAUGAUGAUUGGGAGGAUAGUAAAGAUAUUGAUAAUAAUAAUGUUAUUAACAAUAAUGAUAGUAAUGAAAGUAAAAACUUUCUUUACGAAAAAUCAGGAAGUGCGGUACAUAGGUGAGAUCUUGUAGGCCUUGUAGUUGAUUCCUUGUACACUAAAUACUUCUGGAGCUUUCUAUGUCUAAAAUAAUGAGAUAAAAUCACAGUGGCUAGUUUAUGUAUACUUGCACUUCCAGCAACAGUGGGUUGAAUGAGAGAGAGAAAAAAAAUUUACUUUUUACAUGAAUUAACAUGACAAUCAAGUCAUUAUGAUAUUUAUUGACAGGGAAGUUAGAUGUCUUGCCAAUCACAUACUGUGUCAUAGGAAUUUCAUUAAAAAAAAAGGAGAGAGAGAGACUUGUUAUCAGUAGGGACUUUAGUAAGGAAAAAAUUAGAUGUUUGGGUCCUCCCCAAGUCAGCAGACAUGGUACAUAAGUCUGUCUUCUCCUUUACCCCUUUCUUACUGGGGCCAUUGAAAUAAACCAAAUGUAUUAUGAUUAUUGCGAGUGCUUGACUAACAAAUGCAAAAUGCAUAUUAUUGUCAUGUGUGAAAGAUAGCAAGAUAACUUCUGACAGUUUGGGUUAUUGAUUUCUACUUUUUCUUAUUUAUUAUUAUUAUUUUCAUUUUAUUUUUUCAGUUUUGCUAUGUGAUGUAUACCCAAAUCAAAUGAUUAUUUAUAAAGAUGAUUAAAAGGUAUAGGGAUGGCAGAACAUGAGUAAGGUAAUGGAAGUGUCUUACCCUAAUUUGAUGUUCCAAAAAAAGAGGUCAAUUUUUAUCACAUCAUUAUCAUCAUUUUGUUAAAAAAGCAGUUCUUCAAGGAAUAUGUAGUGUUAAAUAUGUGCAUAAGGAAUGAUUCAAGAAAAGAGGAGAGUACAACUUAUGUCGAGUCUACCAUAAAUGAACUUUUUAUUGACUCAUUAUUGAUAUGAGAUAUUUAUUUCAUUACUAAUGCGAUAACAUUUUCUUUAGAAUCAGUCUUCUCAGGUGUACUGGAAAUGUCAAUAAAGUCUAAGGAACA